GAAUUAUUUCCAAUCGCAUCUCAUCUUCCCCUGUACGCCAACCCCUCUUGCUCUUGCGGCACCACCGCCGCCGCCAUCUCCACCGACGCAACCAAACCCUAUCUCUACCCUGCAAGGCCCCCCGUCGAACCCCACCCUACGACGACGAGAGGCCAACCGGAGCGGCAGCAAUGUUCUACUCCCAGUCGAUCCUGGCGAGGAAGAGCCCGCUGGGCACGGUGUGGAUCGCCGCGCACCUCGAGCGCAAGGUUAAGAAGGCGCAGGUCGACGGCAUCGAUAUCCCUACCUACGCCCAGUCCAUAAUGUUCCCUGAGGUUCCAAUUGCUCUGAGGUUAUCAGGGCAUCUUCUUCUAGGGCUAGUUCGCAUCUACUCAUGGAAGGUGAAUUACCUGUUUCAAGACUGUAAUCGAAUGCUGAGCACAAUCAGAACCGCUUUUGCCUCUGUGGAAGUAGAUCUGCCAUUUGAUGCCGACCGUGCUCCUUUUGAGGUUAUCACAUUGCCAGAAACAUUUAACCUUGAUGACAUAAACCUGGAUGAUGCAAUUCGUCAGAUGGAAACGCCAGAUAAUCAUCGUAAAACUUUUGAACAGAUCACCUUGUCUGAGGAACAGUAUGUGACGAUCACUCUUGAUGAGGAUGGUAGAGCAGAACCAUCUCCUGCUGGCCGAUCCUUGUUUAUUGAGCCUGAACCACCUGAGCAAGGGACAUUUCCCCCAUUCCCUGAGGAUGCCAUGUUUGUAGAUCCUCCAGAAGGCAGUUUGCCAGCAAACACUACUAAUGGGGAUGCCAUGUCUGUCGAUCCCCCAGAAGACAGUUUGCCAGCAAACACUAUUAAUGGGGAGCAAGACUCACCAGAAAGAUUGCGUGAAGCACCCGAGAGCCUGCUGAGCUUUAAAGGUGUUAUUGAUGGCAGUGACCCCAUGGAUGAAGAUCCAUCACCCUUCAUAUACAAGGCUACCACACCACCAGCAAUGGACUCAUCUUUAUCUGCUGGUAGAGGAUCUUUGCCUGGGACGUCCAUGCCCAAUGUAUCAAGGAGUAUCAGCCAUGAUCCUAUUGAAGAUGAAGAUCCAAGCGGCACUGGAAUCUCGUUACCUGUAUUUGUCCUGGAACCAUCUCCACCUCAAGUACAAGAUAGCAAGAGAAAGAGAACGUUGGAAGUACAAGAGAACAAGAGAAAGAGAACGUUGGAAGUACAAGAGAACAAGAGAAGCCGCAUAUUUGAUGAGAACAUAGUAAUCUCCAAUGACUAUAUGGGCAAACAAAUUGCUGGCAAAGAACUAUGUAAGCUGGCUUCCAAGAGGAAGAAACUACCCCAUACAGCAGUGGAUAUUUGGAGAUAUAACAGGAUCCGCCAAAAGGACAGCUUCUUCUUUGAACCUUUGGUACACGGAAUGUGUACUGACCUGCAUAAUGUCUACAAGGCUGAAUUUCCUCAGGCGAGUGCCUCUGGUGCUGAGUCUGCCUCUCAUGAACGGGCUAACGAUGUUGCAAAUGUUGAAGAGCAGGAUGCACUGCCUCACCGCCACCUUACCCCCAAGUCUCCAGGAAAUGCCGAUGUACAACCUGAACAAGUCACUGCAACGUCUCCAGGAAAUGCAGAAGCACAGCCUGAACCUCACCUCACCCCAUUGUCUCCAGAAAAUGGAGAUGCAACACCAUUUGAUUUUGCACCUGAGCUUCCUCGGUUCUCUCCAGGAGGGAAUCAAUCUCCAGUAAGAUAUGAUGAUACCCCUUUCAAGACUCCAGGUGGAACCCCACAGUCUAGACCUGGAGGAACUGGUGCUACGGAAAUACCAGCAACAUAUGGCAGUUAUGCAUCACCUGGACAGAGCACUCGUGUGUCUGACCCGAAUGGAUCUCCAUUCCCGUUCGAUGAUGAACUUGAGGAAGAUCUGCCAGAGAUUCCUGGGCUCAUCAGUACACCUAGCAUGAUCUCUAGUGCGAGUACUGGCACCACAGGAUUAGGUAGCAUGUCUACUAGGACAAGGGCUGUUGCUGAGUAUUUCAGAAACAAGAUAUCUUCAGCCUCAUCAGACGAUCAACGGGGGAAAUUCUGUUUGAACGGAAUCUUGGAAGGGAGGACAAGGAAGCAAGCUGCACGCAUGUUUUUUGAAACAUUGGCCCUGAAGAGUUACGAUUAUAUUGAUGUCGAGCAGGAAGAAGCAUAUAGUGAUAUUUCAGUUUCGCUUAGACCUUCACUCUCAACCGCCAAACUCUAAAUGACUCGAUUCGGAGUUGAGUAGCUUACUCCUUCCUCUAAUAGUAGUCCUGGUUUAGGAUCGAGUUGUCUUGGGCAUACCAGUGUGAGUAGGGAGUGCAAUGCUAUGUAGUCCUUUUGGUCUUCCUGUUAAAUAUUUGUCAUGUAUCUCUGCCAACUGUGUUCAGAACCCGGCAUGGGCUGUGAGUGGAGCUGAAGCGAGAUACCAGUAAGUUAAACUAGCUUAGUGUCUGCAGUGCAAUGGAAAUACAUUUCUUUGAUUCCAA